CCUACAAAAGCUAAUUUACAUCCAUGCGUAGUCUUCCUGUAUUUGUUAGCAUGAUUAGGUCAACUCUCGCUCCACUUCAGAGGAAAUAAUUAACGCGACAGUUAAAGAAGAUGGUUACACACAUUGAUGUUAAGAAUAGUUAACGUUAAUUGUGAUGCUUAUUUUAAAUUCAUACUAGUAAAGUGUCAUCGCUUACAUAUCAUAUAGGUUAUGCUAAGCCCUACAACGUCACCGAAACUAAAGGUAACGUUAUAACCUAGCAAAAAUUAACUUACAGCAGAAGAGUAGCUAGUUUUCUUAUGCUGAAACAAACGUGUAUUUCCAAAAGUGCCUUAGUUCAGCCAUGUCAGUAAGUGCUUAAACCAGAAAGAGCAACCCACGGAGAGCCACAGACAUCGUAGCAUUCACUACUCCUGGCUCAUCGACCAUGUCAACACAACCCUGGACCAGUGUUUCUGGCUGCUGCACUCCCAGCCCAGACGACUUUCCAUCAGUCCCCCAGGUAGUCUGCACCCCCAGCCCAGAGAACCUGUCCUCCGCGUCUCUGAUUCCGUGUCAAAGGGAGCUGGAGCCCACCUCCUAUGUAACCCUCCAGGAGCAGCGGUGCGUCCUGAGUUGGUUCCAGGGCUGGACCGCCACGCAGAGGGAGCGAUUCCUGCAAGACCUGCUGGGGAAAGCUGUUCCAGGGAAAGUGUACACCCUUCUAGAUUCACUCAGUUCUCUUCAGGUUAAAGACCGACUACCAAACAUCUUUGAAUGCCAGCUGCGCCUGUGGACCCAGUGGUUUGAGUCUUGGGGAGAAGAUGAGAGGAACCACUUCCUACACAUGCUAGAGGAACAGGAUCCCACGUUUGUUGCCCACUUCUACAACAGUGUAGCCAGUACAGCAGGAAAAGACUGAGCAGUGGUUGCAUUGCGAUUGAAAACCAAAUGACUAUUUUUAAAGUGUUUAAGAGGUGACAUGUGGUGGGAAAUGUCUAUCAGAUCUAAGACAGUUCUUUUUCUUUUUCAGAGAAAUGUUUGUGUGACUGUGAUGGGACUUUCUGAAGAACACAUUUGGUAUAAGCUGUUUCUGUUGUUUUAUCCACCUGUUUGUCCAGGGCAGCACCACACAUUUCACUUUAUAUAAAAAGUUCAGAACUUUUUUUUUUUAAUCAUCAUGGAUGUAGCUCUGCCAUUUAUUGACCAGAUGAUGUUAACUUAAAAUAGAUUACCAUUAUUCUGUUCUGUACUGGGCCUAUACACCUGGGAUGACAGAGACAAAUGGACAAACAAACUUUAAAUAUAGAAAAAUAAACAAAAUGCACAGUUGUA